CCCUCGGUCUAAAUAAACUUUUUCCUUAAAGGUUUGGCACAGUUGGUCUCUAAAACGAACGCAGCCAUUUCGGCGGGCCAUUUCAAAUUAUCUGAUUAUUACCAGAGUAAUUUUUCGUCGUGAAUCACAUUCAAAGAGAGAGAAAGAAGAGAUCAAGAGAGGAGAGAGAGAGAGAGAUAGAGCAGGUGUCACUGGAAGUCUCAACCAGUCCAUCAUUUGGGUUCUUGAAAACAAAAAUGGACUGUGUAGGUUCUAAAGAAGCUGACAGUUUAUGGUUCGCCCCAACUCCCAGUAAGAGAUGGGGUGAGAUAUUUUUCCUCCUAUAUACACCCUUUUGGCUCACUCUCACCCUUGGAAUCAUUGUUCCCUACAAGUUAUAUGAGAGUUUUACAGAGUUGGAGUACUUGCUUGUAGGAUUGGUGGCGGCACUUCCUUCAUUCUUGAUACCAUUGUUUCUAAUCGGAAAGGACGAUAGGAGCAAGUGUUGGAGUGAUCGCUACUGGGUUAAGGCCAGCGUGUGGAUUGCUAUCUUUAGUUACGUUGGAAACUACUAUUGGACUCACUACUUUUUCGCCAUUCUUGGAGCUUCAUAUAUUUUUCCAUCUUGGAGGAUGAACAAUGUGCCUCAUACCACAUUCCUUCUUGCGCAUGUUUGUUUCUUAUUUUACCAUGUCUGGUCAAACAUUACCCUUAGACGACUACGCAAUUCCAUUUCGGUCCUUUCAAGGCCUGUGCAAUUGGCUAUUGAGGCUUCCUGGAUUCUAGCCUUGUCUUAUUUCAUUGCGUUCCUUGAGACAUAUGCUAUUUCCAAUUUCCCUUACUAUGACUUCGUGGAUCGGGCAUCAAUGUACAAGAUAGGGUCCUUAUUCUAUGCAAUUUAUUUUAUUGUAAGCUUUCCGAUGUUUAUAAGAUUGGAUGAGAAGCCCAGUGAUCCAUGGACUCUAUCGAGGGUGGCUAUUGAUGCUCUGGCUGCUAGCAUGCUCGUAACCAUAUUAUUGGAUUUAUGGCGCUUAUAUAUUGGGCCCAUAACGAACAUCUCAGCUACAAACCAGUGCCGAGAGCCAGGUUUGCCAUGGUUAUCAUAACACAUGAUGUGAUCUUGUAAUUGUUGGAUAAUACCCAAGUCCCGGUAUUUGGUAAAAUGGGUUCUACACAACUUUUAUCAAAAUUGAACUCUGUUCUUCAUUUAAUUUAGAGCUUUUCAUUGUAUUGGGAGAUCGUUUUCUCCUUUUGAAUAGCAUGGUUUCCCAAAGUCUCCUCAUGAAUAUGUAUGUGUUUAGGAGUCAUGCUGAAGCUUUGCUUUAGUUUCUCUCACUUAUCUGUUCGUAUCAAAUCGGUAUGGCAAAUGCUAACUUGGGCUGUACUUUUGAUGUUCCUUUCUCUUCGUUUUCCAGCCCAUCAUAUUGUAUUAGAUGAACUGUGUUUCUGAGUGUUAUUCUGUCUCAUCUUCAGAUUUGGCAGACUUUGAUUUUUCUAAAACAAUCAUUUUCUCA